AUUUUGACGUUUGUAACAACAACAGCACAUAACCUCAAAUUGAGUUAUUCAAUUAUUUUAAUUCAUUGUAUAAUGUUUUAAUAAUAUGUGUAUUUUUAACUACAAGAAGCUAUAGGAGUCAACACGACAUGGCUAAACAGUACGGUUUAAUAAUACCCGGCAAAGAAAAACCUAAAUUGCCAACUGGAAUUGCGAAGGGUAAUGUUUUUGGCAGUGAUAGCGAAGAUGAAGGCGAUGAGGCUAAAUUCACGUUUAGUAUGGGCGGCACGACUACUUUAAAACGACAGGCUCGAAUUGUUCAGCAAAAAGCUCUCGAAGAAGACCCUACCGUGUAUCAAUACGAUGAAAUAUAUGAUGAGAUGGAAUCUAAGAAAGUUGAUGAAGAAAAAAUAGCCGAAAAGAAAAACAGAAAACCUCGUUAUAUAGGAAAGUUAUUAGAGUCUGCAUCAAAGAGAAAAUUGGAGCAAGAACGCAGAGUUGAACGACAGGUACAAAAGGAGCGUGAAGCUGAGGGUCAAGAAUUUGCUGAUAAAGAAACGUUUGUAACCACAUCUUAUAGGAAAAAGUUGGAAGAACUUAAAAAGUUAGAAGAUGAAGAAAAACGUGAAGAUUAUUUAGAAGCAAUUGGAGAUGUAACAAAGCAGCAAGAUUUAGGUGGAUUUUAUAGACACUUAUAUUCUCAAAAAAUCGGUGAUGAUAAAUGCAAAUCAGAUGUUUCUGAAAGUUCUGCAAAAUCUAAAUGUGACAGUGAUAAAAUAUCUCGCACUCAAAACAGAAAGAGGCAUUAUAGACAGCGCAGUCUCACUCCAGAGAUAGAAAAUGCAACAGACCCAGUGGAGGAUCUUCAUGAGGGUAAUAAGCAACAUCUGCAAUCAAAUUUGGAUGCAGAUUCGGACUUCAGCAUUGAUUCAAGUGAUUCAGAACAAGAAAAUAGUGAAGACAAGCAGACAGUGACAAUAGCAAGCCAGGAAUUAAAUACAGGUGAUCAAGUUGAAAUCAAGCAAGAAAAACAGGAUGAAAAUGAUGUCAAAUCCCAGAUUCCGCAAUGGAAUGAAGGAUUUAAAAUACCAGAAAGGAUAAAAAGAGAAGAAGAACUUAAACCUGUAAUAGAAGUUAAAAAACCCAAAAUAGACAUUUGGAAAAAACGUACUGUUGAUGAUGUGUUCUUGGAAGCACAAUUAAGGUAUUAUAACAGAAAAUCUUUGAGACAAUGUGCUUUUUAACUUUUUUUACAAUGUUGUAUAAAUUUGUGCAUUAGUCCUACCCUUUUCAAUAUAUUAAAGAAGAAUCUAUAUAUCGUCAUUGAAACAUGUUCGAAUAAUUUCCAGCAAACUGUGAAUAAAUCAACUUAUAAGUUAGCAAAUAGUUAUUAUUUUAAAAUGAAUUGCAUGCA